CGGGAUGUUUGGUGAUGUGGCUAUGCACAGAAAUACAGCAGAGGAUAUUCUUCAAAUAAAAAGCAGAAACCGGUACUGAGAAGCACUCAUACAGUUUCGGCUACAUGCUCAGCCGGCUGUCCCAGGGCUUUACCAACGUCCUGCAGGAGCUGUCUGGGGACGAGCCCCCCGAUGGAGCCCCUCAGGAUAUGUUGGUCCCCCAACUCCCCCCUGGAGAUGCCCCCGGAGCCCCUGAGGAGUCUGGGCCUGGGGUGGAGGAGGAGCCCCUGGAAAGGCUGGCCCAUCUGGAGCAGCUGACAGUGCAUCUCAAGGAGGUGGUCAGAGAUAAGGACAGCCAGCUGACCACCUUCGAAAAGCAGCUCAAGAGUGAAAGGGAGACAGCGGAGGCACGCUUCACUAAACUGAAGCUGCAAGCCAAAACCAAGAUGGCUGCUCUGAACAAACAAAUUGCUGACCUCAAAGGGCUGGAGGGAACAGCAAGCUCUCCAGACAGCUCCUUCACCAGCUCAGCUCCUGCUGUGGAGGAGGAACUCCAGGAGCUGAGGAAGCAGCUCAGUGAGGUCUCGACCUCAGCGAAGAACCUCGAGGAGCGUCUCCAGAUGUCCGAACAGGCCCUGUGUGAAAAGGAAGCCGUACACACGGAGCAGGUUCGUGUGCUUCAGGCAGUUGUCUGUGAAAAGGACGUGCGUUUCCAGGAGCAGAUCCAGAAGCAUGAGGACGAGCUGCUGAGGGUCACAGUACAGAGCCAGAACGACGCUGAGCUGCAGCAGGCUCUACGUGCAGCCCAGCGGCGUUGUGAGGAGCAGGAGGAAGCCAUGCGGUCACGCUGCCAGGUGCUGGAGAUGCUGCAGGGGGAGCUGAACAAUGCCGACCAGCAGAAACAGAUCCUCACGGCUCAGUUCCGCCAGAUGGAGCAGGAGCUGGCUGAGGCUAGCAGGCAGAGGGAGGAGGAGAGACAGCAGUGGGCUGGGUGGUCCAGCCAGGCCCAGGCAGAGCUGGUGGCCCUUCGAGCCAACCUGGAGGCCUCCGAGCGGGACAGAGUAGCCCAGCUAGCCAACCUGGAGGCCUCCGAGCGGGACAGAGCAGCCCAGCUAGCCAGUCUGGAGGCCUCCGAGCGGGACAGAGCAGCCCAGCUAGCCAUUCUGGAGGCUUCAGAGAGAGACAGAUCAACCCAGAUGGAGGACCUGACAGUGAAACUGGAGUGGGCCACUCGAGAGCGGGAGGAAGUGACCAACAGAGAAGUAGCCAGGUUGGAGAAGGAGCUUGCUGCCUUAAGAGAGGAGUAUGGAGAGGGGCAAAGGGCAGGAGAGGCCCUGGCUGAGUUGUUGACAGGCCUGCGCUCUCUGGCUGGAGAGGGGGCCGAGGAGGACAUCCCUGUUCCCACCGACCCGGCCCUGUGCCUGGGUACACUGGAGGCCCAGCUGGAGAGGCUGAGGGUGGAGCAGAGGGAGAGCGAGGAACGCUGCGCCCAGGUCACCCACACCAUGGAGACAUUGCAAGAACAACUGGAUAAGCGCACCGCAGAAGGCGAAGAGGCAGUUGCUAGGAUACAACAGCUGGAGCAGCAAAUUGGAAUGGCUGCUCGCGAGUCAUUGGUCCAGUGUGUGACUGACCCGGCUGUGGAAGACGUAACUGAUGCUGAAAAGGCCCAAAUAUUGGCUCUGGAGCAGCAGCUAUUGGAGAAAGACCAUGAGUUGGCUGCCCUGCGAGAGAGUCUUGUGCUGGCUGAAGAGCGGGGCUCAAAUGAUGCAUUCAAGGUAAUCUCUGAUCAGAUUCUAGACCAGCGUGAGGACACUGCCAUGGCCCCCUGCAACAGUCCUACAGUGCUGCCAGACCUAGAAGACACGCGAGAGGAGGAUACCACCCUGGUGGCAGAGGAUAGGUCAAGCCUGUCAGUCUCCGCUGAUAACGAGAGCAGUCCAGAGCUCAUUGAAUCCCAGUCUGACUCUCCCGGAGAAUCUAAGGGGGCCUCCUCUGAUGAGAUGGUCACGAGCAGUGACUCCGAGGUGGCCCACAGCAGCUGGACCCUCCUAGAGGCUGUGAACCAAGAUGAAGGUCAGCAGUCACCUCCUAUACUGCAGGGCUUUGGCCAGCUCCAGAUGCAAUCCUGGGAAGAGAACAGCUCUGAGCAGGAAACAUCCACAGUCCAGGUGGAGUCCUCAUCAGUCAUCAUCCGUGAGACUGUGCAGGUGCACCUCAGACAGCAGGGGGCGACCCUCUCUGACUCUGCCCCUGGACAGGUGUUUGCCCAGGCCCUGGCAGAUGAGAUGCAGAACAGGUACAGUGAGCUCAUGGCUGAGCUCCAGAGAUUGAGAGAGGCUGCCUCAGAGUCACAGGAGAGAACCCAAGGCCUUGAGGAAGAGAUUUGGUUCCUGGCAGCUGCCAAGGAUGAGGCAGAGUCCCAGGCCCAGAGAUAUGAGGAAGAGCUCCAGGCAGCCAGGUCAGAGAUGGACACGGUGACCCAGCACAGUGGCUCUGAGUUGGAGAGGCAGAGCAUGGAGAUGCAUCUCCUGGAGGAGCAGCUGGACAGCCUGCAGACAGAAGGCCGCUCCAAAGAGCAGAAGAUCCAUGCCCUGCAGGCAGACCUGGACAAGGCUCAGCGCUCUCUCUCUGAGCAGGAGGGCCAGGCCAGGAUGCUGAGCACCCAGCUGGAAGAAGGGGAGAUCACCUCCUCUGAGCUGGAGCAGAAGCUCCAAGACAUGGAGGCCAGCCUGCUGGAGUUCUCUCAGGCUAGGGACAUGGCCAAAGCUGUACUGUCUGAGAGGGACACUGAGAUUAACGAGCUGCAACUGCGUAUUACCCAGAAAGAGCAGGAGAUGAUGGAGCUGAGCAACGGCUUGUCUGCCAAACUGCUCCAGACCAGUGAGGAGAUGUUCCUGAUGAGCACUGAGGUCAAGAAACUGAAGAAGCAGAUAAUUGAGCUUGAGAAAGCUGGAGAAAAUGAGAAAGCGACAGGGGAGAGUCAUGUAGAGGAUGGUGAUGAGCUCACUAGUUUGCGAAAGGACAAAGAGGAUCUGACAACCCAAGUGGCCACCAUUAAAAAGAGGUUGCAGGCAGCCCUGGUGCAGCGCAAAGAGCUGAUGAAAAAAGUUGCGGCGUUUGAGAAAGAGGCAGAUCAAAGGAAAGGACGAGUAGGGAAAGCAACGGAGGAUGCCCCUGCAAGUGUACCAGCUUUAGAAAAAGACAGAAAACAAGAGGAUAUGGCAAUUGAAACUACUCUCGAAGAGUUCAGACAAGACUUGAGGUCCAAAGAAGAGGUCAUGGAGGUUUUGGAACAGAAAAUCAGCCAGCAGGAUCAGGUUCUGGAAGAGACACUUGAAAUGACCAGAAGGCUAAGUGAGGGAGCUCAGCAGACUCCAGAGGCUGACACCUCAUCUGAAAUCACUGGGUUGCAGUCCCAGGUGGCCUCACCGGAGUCAGAUUGCGAAACACUGCAAAAGAAACUCCAGGAGGCCCAGGACUCUCGCAAAGAAACCAUCCGCAUGGCCAAAGAAAAGGACAGGAACCACCGCGAACAGCUUAAACAACAAAAGGAAGAGUACAAUGGGCUGUUGGAGCGUUUGGAGGAGCAGGUUGGUGAACGAGAUGGGCUGUUGACUAGACUGAGCGAGCUCGAGGAACUGCAGGCACAGAAAGAGGUGAGCACAGAGAAGGAAGUACAUGCCGAGCUGGAGACCAACGCUGCAGUGGAGAAGAUUGAGAAGCCAGCUGCAGGAGAUUGGGUCCAGGAAGACUGGGUGGAAUUUUCAGCCCCUGAGAAUGAAGCACAACAACAACAAGGUGAUAAACCCAUUACCAGUGCCGAGGAACCCUCUCAGCUACUUUCAGCUGACAUUCAGCUGACAUGUAAUGAGGCCUCAUUACAAGCUCCAAAAGAAGAGGGCCAGGCUGAGAAGGCAUCUUGUACAGAGUUGGAGGGCCAACUGCAGGAGAGCCAGGCUAGCCUGUCACUCAGGGAAAGUGAGCUUCUAGAGCUGGGCAAAGAGCUGCAGGCCCUGAGAGAGAAGGAGAGCCAGAUUGAACAUGUCUAUGAGGAGUCGGAGGCUCUGAGGGAGAAGUGUCUCCAGGCUCAGACCUAUGCAGAAGCUGUGAAAGCAGAGUUGGAGGCUGCGGCCAAGGGAGCCGCCUCAGACUCCGCUGAGUCCACCAUUGCCGUCCUGCAGACAGAGGUGGAGGACUUCAAGCAGUUCCUGAGCAACAAGAACGAUAAGAUCAAGGAGCUUAGCCAGCAGCUGGGUGAGCAAAGCUCCCUCCUCCAGUCUAUGCAAGAGACAGUAUAUGAGAAGGACCAGUCGAUCGCCUCCCUGCAGGAAGGCCUGAGAGCAGAGAAGGAAAAGAGCCAGAGACUGGAGGCCGAGGUCCCCCAGAAGCAGGAGGAAGUGAAGGGCAGCGAGGCCAAGAUCCUGCAGCUUCAGCAGAAGCUCAAAGCUGCCCUUAUCUCCCGCAAAGAGGCCCUCAAAGAGAACAAAAGCCAGAAAGAAGAGUUGGCCUCCACUGAGAAAGUCAUCACUGAACUGCAGCAGAGGAUGGAGGCUAGAGAAGUCGAGCUGGAGAAGCUGAGAGCAGAAAGAGAGAGGCUGAUAGAGGAGGUUGAUCGGACCUUGGUGGAGAACCAGAGCCUUGGGGGGUCCUGCGAGAGCCUCAAGCUGGCCAUGGAGGGUAUGCUGACAGAGAAAGACUUCUGUAAAAGAGAGGCCGAGUCUGCCAAGGAGGAGGCUGCCCGGGCAUGCAGAGAAUGGGAGGAGAAGGUGCAUGGGAUGAAGGAUGAGUAUGAGACUCUGCUGAAGUCCUAUGAGAACGUGAGUGAUGAGGCAGAGCGUGUGAGACGUGUGCUGGAAGCUGCUAAGCAGGAGAGGAAGGAGCUUGUUGCUAGAGCCAGGACCCACGAGGCAGCCAAGCAGGAGGCUGAACGGCAGAAAGAAGAGGCCCAGAAAGAGGUGGACACUGUCAAAGACAAGAUGAGGAAGUUUGCCAAGACCAAGCAGCAGAAAAUCAUGGAUUUAGAGGAGGAGAAUGAGAGACUCCGAGAGAUGGAUGAAAAGAAAGGAAUAAGAAGGGAGGACAAGGCACUCAAAGGAGAACUUGAAAGACUCAAAGAAGAGUUUGAGGCUCUGAAAGCUGAUUUGAAUGCCACUACGGCACAGAGGGACUCCUUAGAACAGCAGGGUGUUGAGUUAAGGGAGCAACUAGCCCAAGAGCUAGAGAAAGGGGACAGAUUAGCCCCAGAUAAAACCCCCAGCUCUGAUGAUGUAGUGGAGGAGACUAUUGUUGCCCAGCAGUCUAGUACAGUCAUGACUAAAACUACCCAAGAGCCAGUUAAGAGCCAGCCUCAGGACAUAGAGCCACAUAGUCAGGCCAUAGAGUCUGAGGUAGCUGCACCUGAAACGCCCUCUGUUGAGGAGAUGGUGAAGACCGAAAUAACUGAAAAUACACAGGCCCUAAUUGAUGAGAAAUUGAGCAAAAUGGAGGAAGCCCUACAGUCAGAGAGGGAACUGAGGCAACAGCGCGAGGCUGAACUCACUGCUGAGCUGGCCUCUUUGGAACAGCGUCUUCAGGAGAGUAAAGAAAAGGAACAGACCCAGAGAGAGGAGCCAGUGAAGACGGACAUGUCUGAAAGUGAACAGACCGUAAUUGAGGGAAAACGGAGGGAAAUGGAGGCAGCCCUACAUACAGAGAGGGAACCGUGGCAAGAGAGUGAGGCUGAACUCAAGGCUGGACUCGCCUCUCUGGAGCAGCUCCUUCAGGAGAGUAAAGAUAAGGAACAGAGCCUGAUGGAGGAGAGCUCUAAAAGGGAAGCCCAACUCCAGGAGCUCCACAGCAGCCUGGAGGUAGAGAAGGACGACCUAGAGGAGCGUCUGAUGAACCAGCUGGCCCAGCUGAAUGGCAGCAUCGCCGGCUACCAGCAGGACGCGGCAGACAGCCGGGAGCGACUUGCGGAGCUGCAGCGGGAGGUGGAGAGACUGGAGAGGGAGCGGGCCGAACUGGAAGCCCUGGCCGAGAGCGAGAGGGACCGGGCAGCCAGGCUGGAGAAGGACAAGAGGCAGGCCCAGAGAGAGAGGGCUGAGGCAGAGGCCGAGUCAGGGAAACAGAGGGAGCUGGAGCAGCAGCUGAAGUCCGCCCAGAGGGUGAAAGAGGGCAGCCAGAGCCGGGCAAAGCAGCUGGAGGAGCUGCUGAGAGAGAAGCAGCUGGAGGUGCGCCAGAUGCAGAAGGACUGCAUCCAGUACCAGGAAAGGAUCAGUGAGAUGGCCAGGGAGGGCAAGGCUUUGCAACUGGGCAGCAACGAGGUCCACAAAGAGCUUGGGCAAGCCUAUCUGGAGAGGACCAACGUCACAGACGCUUUGAAGAAGACUGAGGCUGAGCUAUCUAGCUGCAAAGCCCAGCUGGUUGAGGCCCAGACAGAGGCCAGCCAGGCCCAAGCUGAGAGGAGAGCCUGUGAGCAGACCGCUCUACAGAGAGAGGCUGAGUUGAAAGCAGAAGCAGAGCAGAGCCUAGACUCUGUGAGGUUCAGGCUGGGAGCUGAGCUGAAGCAGAUUGAGCUGAGGUUGGAGGAGUCUUACCGGGAGAGGGAGAGAGAGGAGGAUGCCACCCGGGAGGCAAAAGAGCUGGCUGACACCGCUGAGAGACAGGCCCAGCAGAUGCAGGCCCGCCUGGAUGAGUCUCUGGCCCGACUGGCUGCCUUCUCGCGCUGUAUGUCCUCCCUGCAGGACGACAGGGACCGCGUGCUGGAUGAGACCCGGCAGUGGGAGAGUCGCUUCAACAGCACCCUCCAGGGGAAGGAGGCCGAGGUGCGGGAGGGAGAGACCCGCUCCAGAGAUCUGGCUGAAAAGCUGCAGAAAGAGACCGCACAGAGAGAAGAGCUACAGCUUACAGUGGACAGACUGCAGAAAGCAGACGAGCAGUGGCAGCUGAAAUGGGAGCAGGAAGAGAAGAAGCUCCGUGAGAACCAAGCUGCCCUGGAGCAGGAGAGGGGAGAGCUUCAGAAGUCCCUAGCCCAGACCGUGACCUCCCUGGCUGACGCUCGCGCCCAGCUGGCCUCCCUAGAGAGCGAGGCGGAGGGGCUCCGCCACAGAACCCAGGCCCUGGAAGAGGCAGUUGGGAAGCUGCAGGGAGAGACCAAUGAGGUCAGGUCCCAGCUGAAGGAGACGGAAGCAGAGGGGAGGAGGCUGGGCCUGAGCGUGGAACAACUGGAGACAGACCUGCGUUCCUCCAAGACCCUGACAGAGAGCCUGCAGACAGAGCUGAGUGAGAAGGAGAGGAGAGAGGUGGAGCUGCUGGGGGAGAAGGAGCAGGCUGUGACACAGGCUGCAGAGGAGGCCAGGAGGGAGGCUGACACCAGGGCCCAGGAGGCUGAGAAGGAGCUGGAGGAGAGGAGAGAGGAGGUGCGGGGUCUGGAGGACCGGCUGCGGAAGGCAGAGGAGGAGAGCAGCCACAGCAAAGCCAGGCUGGACGCCUUCACCAAGGCCAUGGGCUCUUUACAGGACGACAGAGAUAGAGUACUUGGCAUGUACAAACAGCUGGAGGAGAAACAUCUGCAGGUGAUGAUGGAAAAAGACGCUCUGAUCCAGGAGGCUGCUGCGGAGAAUAACAGUCUGAAGGAGGAGCUGCGCUCCCUAUUGGUGCAGAGGGACGACCUCCACGCAGAGAAGGCCAAGCUAUCUGCCCAGCUUCACGGCUACAGGGACGACCUUACCCAGGUCCUCACCAUGAAGGAAUCCCAGCACAAGCAGCUCUUGUCCGGCCAGCUGGAGCGCAUCGCUACCCUGGAGAAGGAGAGAGCUGAGCUAGAGGCUAAGAUCAAGAGCCUGGAGGGAGGGGAGGCUUUUGUUCAGGCGGUGGAGAGGGAAACACUCAGCCAGGCUGGUGAUAGUGGAAACAGGCAGGUGAGAAACGCUCCCGGGGCGGAGGUAGAGAAGCUGAGGGAGCAGCUGCAGGCUGUCAGGGCCCAGGUGGAGAGCCUGGAGGAGAGUCUUGCCAAGGAAAGAGAGGUGCAGGAGGCUCGGCAGAAGGAGCUGAAAGAACUGCGUUGGGAGGGAGGGGUGACGCGCACGGAAUCGGAGACAGCGGCCGAGAGGGUGGCUGAGCUGGCCCGAGACCUGCUGAGCAUGGAGCAGAGACUGCUGGAGGAGAGGGAGGUGGCCAGCCAGCUCCGGGCCCAGAACCAGGCGUUCGGCCAGGCCAUGGCGUCACUGCAGGGCAGCAGGGACCAGGCACUCAGCCAGGCCCAGGAGCUCAGCCUCAGACUGGAGGAGAUGAGCAGGGCAGGGGGCCAGCAGACACCCACCACAGGCCAUGGAGGAUCCACUGCGGAGGUGUGGGGACUGAAGAACGCUCUGUCAGCCCUGCAGAACGACAGGGAGAGACUGUUGGAACAGCUCCAGCGGCAGCACUCAGAGCUCACUCGACUGGGAGGUGGAGAGCUGUCUAGACUCAGCCAGGAGCUAGAGGAGGAGAGGAGGAGGGCUGAGGAGAUGGUGGACAGGAUGAGGGAGCUAGACAACCUGAGGCAGAGGGAGAACCAGGAACUAGAAAUUCUCAGGCUGGAGCAGGUUGACUGGCAGGCCCAGGCAGAGCUCCUGAAGCAGCAGACCCUGGCCACCCUCUCAGACCGUGACCAGCAGGUGCGCCAGCUCGGUGCCAUGUUGGAGGAGGCCCGCGCCACUAGGCCCAAAACACCGGAGGAACAUCACCAGAGACAGUCUGCUGAGCCCGUUGCUGUCCCUCCCUCUCCUCAGCUCUCACAUGUGUUUGAGGAGAACCACCAUCUCUCCUCCCAGUUCCAAGGCAGUUCCCAGAGGCUAGACGAGGCAGAGAGCCGCUGCACUGCCCUCCAGAGGCAGCUUCAGGAACUGCAUGAAGACAAGCGCAAGGGGACAAGGGAAGUGGACAGUGCCCCCGGAGCUCCUCAGCAGCACAGUGGCCCUUCAGAGAGCGAGAGCCUCAGGGUGGAUUUUAAAGAGCUCCAAUGCAGGCUGGAUGAGGAGCAGCAGUAUAGGGUGGUUGUGGAGGAGCAGCUAAUGGCCGCCCAGGACCGCCUCAAACUGAUCAACCAGGGUGAAUGGCAGUCGGCCCAUGAAGGGCAGUUCUCUGCUUCUGAGACAGCUGUCCUCAUUGAGCCACCAGGAGGCUCUGUCACCCGGAUUCGGGGGAGCAAAAGGCCAGGCCUGAUGAGAAUGCUGCGCGUGUCCUUCUGCUCUCGCCAGCGCACACCCCUGCUGGUGUCCCUCUACCUGCUCACCGUGCACGUGCUGCUACUGCUCUGCCUGGGGGGUUACGUUUAGGGCCCCCUCGACCCCUUAGAGACUGGGAGAGGAGAGAGAUGGAGAGAUAACAGACAUGUGACACAGACCCUCCCUCCCCCUCUCCAAGAGCGGUAUCAUAUUACUGUUACAUUCAAUACCGUAGAAUAGGAGAGGACUCGUCACACACACCCACACGGACCAUGCACUUUUGAUACAACAAAAAAAUAACGGAAGUGUGUCUUAGCCUGUUAACCAAAGUGAAGUUUUUUUAUAUACUGGGAGUCAAAAACAUCCUCUGCCAUCAUUGAUUUUAUUCAAUAUUUAAUAUGUUACCAUUAGCGUACAUGAUCAGUCAAAUGUUAUUGUAGAGGAAAUGAGAAGCAGUAUUGCACUACCUCAGAACUGUUGUUUGUUAGACUUCUAUAAAGGGACGUGGAUAUUAUGCAUCUUUAAAUAUACCUGGGGGAACUAACAUGAAAUGACACUAUACAGUAGAUUUACACGGUGUUUAGUUUUUCAGUCUGUUUUAUAUUAGUGGUGGUUUAGGUGCCUUUAAAUGAGGAGAAUAAAGGAUCACUUCAUGUCUGGAUGGAGUGAGGGUUAGGAUCUGUUGAUCUGUUCAGAUCUCUCUCUCUCUCCUAUGUUCUCACGUACAAUGGACACCAACUGAAACGUGUACAAUCUGCUAUGACUACAUUCCCACAAACAUCUAUUUAUUUAAUUUUUCUUUUUCCUCUCGUUUUCUCUUUAAUUAAAGAGAGAGCACCGUCAUUGGCAUAUUUAACUCCUGUAGUAUUUGUAUGUCGUAUGUACUGGAUGUGGGUUAUCCAAUCAAUUCCCCAAUUUCUGCCAUUGAUGCACAGAUGAGGGUUUUAUUCUAUUGAUUUUAUGGCAGAUUAAUUUGCCAUUCUGGUGUAAUGUUGUCCAUUCCAAAUGAAAACGUGUUGGUGUUUUUUCUGUGGCACUACAAAUAAUGUCCAUCCAAUCUAUGAUUCCUAUAAUUUAGCAUUAUUUAUUGCUUACGCAUUCAAACCGCAUAAUCUACUACAAUGUAUGGUGAACACAAUACUGCUAGGGAAAAUGACUACUCAACUUAUUCUUGGUGUCUGUUGUCCCACUACACAUCUUGUGACUCACUUGUCCUCUGUUAACUUCUAUUGUUAAUGACCUUGUACUGUGCUGUACAGAUUGAAAUGUGAUGAUGAUGAUGAUACGUGUUUUUCAGCACAGCACACUGAGAAGUAUAGGGCAAGAUGUGUACCAGUUAUUUGCAAAAGGGACCAGUUAGAAUAUAACGGGUGGAAAGAUAAGACAAAAAAUGGGAAUUACACAUGAUUUAUGACCUUAUGAAAACAACUGGUGAAAAGUCAAUCUGGUGUCAAAUCUCUGUAUGAUAAGUGUUGGUUACUAUUACUAUUUUUUAAAAUUAAAUAUAUUGGGAAAACAAAUGGA